AUGAAGUCUGCCUUUGUGUUACUGGCCUUCUUGACCGUCUCACAGGGAAUUCUCAGGAUUCCCCUGAUGAGAGGGAAGUCAGCCAGGCAGCAGCUGGAGGAGAGCGGCCUGUUCCAGGAGUACAGGAGCAAGUUUCCAUUCAACCCUGCAGCAAAGUUUCUCCCCAGGAAUGACCACAGUGUGGUGCCUUUGACCUUUGACCCAGAUACAACAAUCUAUGGAGAGAUCGGCAUCGGGACUCCUCCUCAGCUCUUCAAAGUUCUCUUUGACACCGGCUCCUCCGACCUGUGGGUUCCCUCCACCAGCUGCACCAGCUCUGCUUGUGACAAACAUGUAAAGUUCAGCAGCUCAGCAUCUUCCACUUUUCAGGCCGGCACAAAGACAUUCCAUAUUUCAUAUAACAGCGGAUACGCAUCAGGCAGUACAGGAUAUGAUCUCAUAAAGAUAAGCGACCUCUGCGUGGAGCACCAGAUCUUUGGCCUCACUGAGACCGAGGCAGAUUUCAUGGCCUCUGUGCCCUGGGAUGGAGUUCUUGGUCUGGCCUUCCCUGGCCUGUCCCUUGAGGGAGGCACACCUAUAUUCAACAGCAUGUGGAACCAGGGCAAACUCCUCCAGAACAUGUUCUCCAUGUACCUGAGCAGUUCUGUAGAGGGCAGUAUGUUAAUUCUGGGAGGAACAGAUUCCUCAUAUUACACUGGAGGCAUAAAGUGGAUCCCCCUGUAUGAGGCUACUAACUUCUGGAACAUCCAAAUACAAAGUAUCACCAUCAAUGGGAACACUGUUGGCUGCUCUGGGAGUUGUGCAGCAGUCGUGGACUCUGGUACUUCUUUCAUCACCGGCCCUAACAAAGAUAUUGACAACAUCAACGGCUGGUUGGGAGCCUUCUCAGAUCAGUAUGGUGAUGCUGCUGUGAGCUGCAGUAACACGGAUCUCUUGCCAGACAUUGUGUUCAACAUUCACGGAUACAACUUCGCUCUUCCUCCAUCAACCUACGUCAUAAAGUCUGCGUCUGGCUGCAGGACGGGGUUUGCAACAGGCACCUGGAUUCUGGGAGAAGUCUUCAUGCGGCAGUUCUACACGGCCUUCGACAUCACCAACAACAUGGUGGGCUUUGCUCAGGCUGUGUGAAUACACGUGAAGAGCUGGGCCGGUUUAAAAUGAUAUUAGUCAUUUGUCUGAGAGCUGGAGAUAUUUAGAAAGUAAUUGACUUUAUUUUUAUAGCAACGAUUCACAAACUAUCAGAGGUGGACAAAGUACUCACAUUUUUUUACCAAAGUAAAUGUAUUAAUGGCACAGUGUAGUAAAAGCCUUAAGUAAAAGUACAAAUAUAUUAUCAUCAAAAUAUGCUUACAAUCAACAAAAGUAAAAGUACCUCAGAAUUGUACCUAAGUACAGUACUUUAGUAAAUGUAUUUAGUUACUGUCCACCACCGCAAACUAUCUGUUAAAACAUUCAUAUGUGGAAAUGAAACCAAUAAAAUAUUACCUUUCAGACCUUAAAGUCUGCAUGUCUUUG